GCUACUCUACAAAUAUUUAUGGGUUUUGGCAUUUAUUUUAGCAUCGAAAGUCAACGUGCUUUAUGAAAACAAUUAGAUAGAACAAUAUAUGCUAUCAGCACGGCGGAUAAACAGGGAUUUAAAAUUGUUUCACCGGUGGCCAGCAAGCCAGAGAAGAGCAGAACCUGAAAGUAAUAGGAUGGAACUCUGACUCUCGGGCAUUUUGAACACGCAAUUCAACAAUAAGUGACUGAAGUUGAAAAAUUAACUUUGUUAAAAGUAUGUCUUCCCCAAAUGAACUUGUUCGUGCGCAGCAACUGGCAAUGGUUGGAAAUUCCUCUACUGGACUGUAUCCUCAGUAUGGGAAUCUGGGACCUGGGAUGCCUCCAUAUCCCUACCCAGCGGGACUUUAUUGCCCCUCUCUGGAUUUUAACCGAGCCUAUGCUCUGAGGAUGAUUGAGGAGAUGCAUCGGAGGGACCAACCUCAGAAACCCCCGUACUCCUACAUCGCUCUGAUUGCAAUGGCCAUCAAGAAUGCCCCGGACAGAAAGAUCACCCUUAACGGAAUCUACCAAUUCAUCAUGGAAAGAUUUCCUUAUUACCACGACAAUAAGCAAGGUUGGCAGAACUCAAUUCGGCAUAAUUUGAGCCUCAAUGACUGUUUUGUAAAAGUAGCAAGAGAAAAGGGAAAGCCCGGGAAAGGGAAUUAUUGGACUUUGGAUCCAAAUUGUGAGGAGAUGUUUGAGAAUGGUAAUUAUCGCAGAAGGAAGAGGAGAGUGAAAGGAUCAGGCAAAGAGGAUGGAGAGCAGAUUGAGGGUAGCUACGAAACAGACAAUCAUUCGGACGCUGAGGAUCGUACCGACGAAGAGCUAGCCGGUCCAGACGAGAAUGAUAGCGGAAUUAAUGUCGUCUGCUCGGACGAGGAAAAUUCCAAGGAUGGAACAGAAAAUCGUUUUUGCAGCGAGGAAGUGAUUUCCAACUCUCCUGAAACUCCAGCAAUCCGAAAACGACUUUUUACGAUCGAUAGUUUGAUUGGAGACGAUUCACCGGUGCAUUUCCAGACGGACACAAACGGAAAACGCAAACUGGAAAACUAUGAGAACAUUUCAAAUGAAAAGAAGAAAAAAUAUGACAUUUUUGACAAAAUCCCCAGCCCUCCUCCAAAAAUCAUCGACUUGAAGGGACAAUCGCCAACCUCAUUUCAGAUUUCUCUCGCUUCUGGACUGUAUAGCAACGGUUUCCUCCGGAACCAUCCACAUGGUUUGUCACCACCGAUGGGAGCAUACGCAGGGUAUCCUCCUUUUGGGGGAUUUUCCUUACCAAUCAAUAACCCACAGGAACUUAUAAUGAGAGCACAAGGUCUUGGACAUUUUCUAAAUGCCGGAACCAGUGAUCGGGAUUGGACGGCUCGGACAUCUCAGGCCGGAAUUAGAUGAUGAUGUCUGACAAAAUAAUGCUGUGCUUUGAUUAAUUUUGAAAUGAAUGAAUGAGAGUUUUGCUGUUUUGUACUCGGAGAACCUUGUUUAAUAAUCAGUGUCAAAAAUUCCACAAUUGUUUAUAUUAAUGUACAAAUCUGUCAAUUUUUUCAUCACUUCUGCCGAUGUAUUUGACAAGGAUAGUGGACUUUAAUUGUGAAAUAUUACUUUUUUGGAUAAAUGACAUUUUUAAUACCAAAAACCAUGAGUGAAGCAGACAGUGAAUGAGAUUGUCCAUAAGAAUUAAUUUUCCAGAAUUUUGUCAUAAAGCUUUUUUAAAAGAUAAAUAUCGUGUGCUGUACAUGGAAAAAGGAGAUGAAUGGUCUAGAUAUUUUAUUAUUAAAACAGAUGUUGUUAAUUAUUAUUUGUAUAUAUUUUAUUAAAUAAAUAGUAUUC